GUUUUGGUGAUAUUUGUUCGAGGUUCCAGAUGCUUUUGACACCCCGCCAAAUUGCAGUUCAGAGAGCAUAAUUUAGGCUUUUUCUUUGGUCAUGGCGUAACUCUCAGGCGUACGGCAGCCCAUACGAUCUUUUCCGUGAAGCUUUUUCGUCAUUUCUCACAUCAACCCUCCCAGCACGCGACCUCCUCCGUUUGCCAACCCCUGAUAUCUGAUUUCCGAAGGGCAAUUCGAGUAGAGAAAGGAGCUCUUUCUGGCCGGAGACGAGGCACACGAGCCCAACAGCAAUCUCGGCACAUCCUCGCAGCCGCCUGGACCCCCAGGCUGCUCCCGCUGACAACCCACAUUGACCUUCGUCCUCCACCUCACUUCGCCCUCCUCCAUCCCCCGACACAAUCUCCCCUUCAAACUCUUUCACAACAACACAAAUCCUUUCUCCCCACGUAAUCCUCCCACCCAACACCCCCGGGAACCUCGCGACCACGCUCCUCUCACGCCCAAUCGACAUUGCUCGCUCCAUCGACCGAGGUUGCACCCAUAAGACGACACACACAAGAAACAACGCCUUACCUGGACUUGACAACACUUGAAAGAUGGGUCAGACUUUGAGUGAGCCUGUGGUUGAGAAAAACUCUGAAGAAGGCUCUGAUGAGUGUGUUAUCUAUGGCCUUUCUGCCAUGCAAGGAUGGCGCAUCAGCAUGGAAGAUGCUCACUCUGCCGUGCUUGACCUUCAAGCAAAGUACCUGGCUAAAGACCACCACCCAACAGACCCAAGUAAACGCCUGUCUUUCUUUGGUGUUUAUGACGGGCAUGGAGGUGAACAGAUGGCCCUGUACGCGGGGAAAAACGUCUCAAGAAUUGUUACCAACCAGGAGACAUUCGCGCGUGGAGAUAUAGAACAGGCGCUGAAAGAUGGAUACCUUGCAACUGACCGCGCCAUUCUUGAAGAUCCUAAUUAUGAAGAAGAAGUUUCAGGCUGCACUGCAGCUGUGGCUAUUGUCUCAAAGGAUAAGAUCAGAGUUGCAAACGCAGGUGAUUCCAGAUCUGUUUUAGGUGUCAAGGGUCGUGCGAAGCCGCUCUCCUUUGAUCAUAAGCCCCAGAAUGAAGGUGAAAAGGCAAGAAUUAGUGCGGCUGGCGGUUUUGUUGACUUUGGUCGUGUCAAUGGCAACCUUGCUCUAUCCCGCGCCUUGGGGGAUUUUGAAUUCAAGAAAAGUCCGGAUCUGUCGCCUGAACAGCAAAUUGUGACUGCUUAUCCUGAUGUCACCACUCAUGAGAUAACUGAAGAUGACGAGUUUCUCGUUAUUGCCUGCGACGGAAUCUGGGACUGCCAGUCGUCUCAGGCUGUUGUCGAAUUUGUUCGACGUGGAAUUGCCGCAAAGCAGGAAUUGCACCGGAUUUGCGAGAACCUCAUGGAUAAUUGUCUGGCUUCCAACAGUGAGACCGGUGGUGUUGGUUGUGACAAUAUGACUAUGAUCAUUGUCGGUUUUCUCAAUGGUAAAACGAAAGAAGAGUGGUAUAACAUGAUUGCUGAACGGGUUGCAAACAACGAUGGACCCUGCGCUCCUCCGGAGUAUGCUCAAUUUCGAGGUCCUGGCGUUCGACGUCAAUUCGAUGACAGCCCUGAUGAAUACGAUCCAGGACUUGAUAGCCGGCCAACCGGUCGCAGCGGCAGAAUCAUCCUCCUCGGUGAUGGUACCGAAUUGCUGACCGAUAUGGGAGAUGGAGAGAUGUUCGAAAAUGGGGACAGAGUCUCUGAGCAAGAGUCUACGCGUGAAGUCACUAGCUCUGUUGAUGAACCGAGAAACGAACGUAAGGGCACUCCCGGACCUCAGACCAAUCACGUUGCUCACUCCAAUGGCCCAAGCAACGGAUUGACAGCGGAAGCAAGCACCACCGAGAUGAAUCCUCCAGCCCCAGCUGGAGUCGAGCAGUCUGCCAAUGCGUCUACCACCGAAGAGCAACCGAAAACCACCUAAAAUGCGUCCGUCUUCUUUCAGUUUAUUCUUCGAAAGUAAUGAUUCUGCAUUAACCAGUGUUGGGGGUAUUUGACAUGAGCUCGAGCUUUGUGACCUUUUCGUGAUGGAUUUUUCUUCUCCUUUUUCCAUUUCUUUGCUUCUUGUACUUGCUGAUUAUUUUCCCCUGGGCUUCCGUGGCGUGCUUGCGGAGGCCUCAUGACGAAUACAACUUUCGACUACAUACGUGAGCCUUCGGCGCUGCCGUGCACGUAUGCUAUGCCCUUGUCACCAGCUUUUUCGACUUUUCUUUUCCUCUAUGAAUGCAUUUCCUGUCUUGCCAAAGGAGGUUAUUCGAUGAAUGAAUGAGACUCGCAUGAAACGACGGGGACCGGGUGGAUGAAGGCCAAUUAGGUUACUUGCUUUCUGAUAUCGUGGAGGGGUUCCAUCCAUUUUUCCUAUUCUCUUCCUUUGUUCCCUUUUUCUUUUUGUGUUCCCUUUCAUUGUCCGUUAUCACCCUGUCGAGGCGUUUACAUGGGUUAAUUUAAUCUUCGAGUGUGCAAGCUGAGGAUAAAUAGCCUUCUUCCCAUUUUACCCUUGUGUCCACUGUUUACCCUAUCUUACAGAAAUUCCCGGCACCAAGCCCACGCUGUUGCAAAGGGAAACGGUUUCUGCUUGAGGAGGUAGCAUACUUUCUUUGAACGGGCCGUGUUUAUUUGGUCAAGCGCUGAGGCGUGAAGAAUGCAGCGAUCCCACAGGCAGGUUGUCGUAAACUCGUCUGUGCGAGCUUGCAAAUCCAACCCGCGACGAUUCUAUAGACACUAUGUAUCAGUCUUCUUAAGAUGAGGAGCAAUCAGAGCAAAUCAAUUUCUC